UGUGCCGAACUGUCAUUUGGGGCCAAUGUUUGCUGAUUAUUUGUAAACUCUUCGUAGAAAAUCUAGAAAAUUUGCCUUUUCCUGAACGCCCAAGAAUAAGCGAUCGCUUUAGUUAUUUUGAAUUGCCACCACUUAACGCAAGCAGCUCCCGAGAGUGCGUUUCUGCAAACAUGGAGUCUAAUCUAAACAAGGUGUUGAGCAUGAAUCGGCAGCAACUCAGCGGUCAGCUGUACAAGUACACCAACGUGAUGAAAGGCUGGCAGUAUCGGUGGUUUAGUGUCGAUGCGCAGGGCGGCCUGCUCAGCUACUACCUGUGCGAACCGGCCGGGGACGACUCGAGCUCCUCGUCCCACAUCGUCGGCAGUACGCCCCGCGGCCAGGUUCAUCUAGCCGGAGCGGUGAUCUGUCCGAGCGAUGAAGAUUCGAAAACGUUCACCGUGAAUUGCGCCUCGGGCGACAUGCUGAAACUGCGCGCGGUUGAUGCACGCGCUCGCCAGGAGUGGGUCGACGGGUUGCGGGCCGUCGUGGAGAGUCAUUCGAACUCCACCGGUACGGCACUGCCGCCGCGUGAUCAGCUGGCCGCGCACGAUGCGUUCGGUGCGGCCAGGCAGCAGCUGCAGCAGACGGAACUCAGCAAUGCCGCGCUGGCCCGGGCGAUCGAGAAUUUGGCCGGUCCGCUCUCGAACACCGAUCCGGAUCUGCUGAUGGUGAAGGCACUGUCCGCUGCCAGCACGCACUGUUUGCUGCAGUGUUUGGGGCUGCUACAAAGGCACCAGGAGCUGGUGCCCGAUCCGCGCCUCGAGCAAAGCUUCUAGCCCCACAGGCGCCCGAUGUCGCGCGACGGAUGCAACAGAAGCUCGUACUGAAGCGUGAAGGUAUGAGUCCGUUGCAGCGUCAGAGCGUUCGGAAAAUCUCAUGUUCUCGGAGGGGGAAACGAACAUCAUUAGCUGGAUAAUUUCCUCGCAUGCCUUUCCUUUAGCAUUCAUAAACGUCCCUUCAACUGUGCGUGUGAAUGGAGUGAGUCGUUUAACAAUUAUUAUUAUUUACUAUAUAGUCGUGUCCUCGAAUAUUGAUGUAUUUAGCCAAAAUGAGAUAGAAAUGGGUCGGGACGCUAUGCUUCUAUAAUCGUUAUAGUCCUACAUUCCCGUAGGAUGUAGUUGCUUGAUAACUAAACAGUUCCAAGUGUAAAAUAAAGCCCUCGUUUAAAUGUGUGGUAGACAACAAA